AUGGAUCAGACGGCAUCGCCGCAAACGGAACGGCUUCCAAGCUCGCCAACGCCAGAGAUCAGCCAAACCAGAGGAAAUCCGGCUACCCUACCGAUUCCCCAGCGGUUUCACGCCUCCGUGGAUCCCUCCACAUGGGGAAAUAUCGCGGCCAUCGAUGAGAUCAUGGAGCCCACGCCCCACCAGAUGAACUCACACAUCUACUUUCUCACCGAAGACUGGGGCGCCAUGAACCUCAUGGGACGAGAACUCUGGCACGCGUUCAAGGACGAGUUCGACGAAUGGACACUCCGGCCCGGAUCACUGUACUUGUCCAUAGCGUAUUUCCUGUCGGCUUGA